CAAGGACGUGAGCGCGCCGGUAAAAUGUUUUAAGAUAUAAGCGGGAAAAAUACUUGAGCUUCCAGUUUAUCGCCCGUGCAAGUUGAAUACUAUCUGGGCAAUAAAUUAUCCAUUCAAGCAGAAGUUUACAAAAGACUGUUAUUGGAGUAGUCAAAGGGAAUACUCAUUUACAAUUAUGGAUUUCAUACCGAAGGACAGGUUCUUGGAACUGCACCCUGACACACUGUAUCAGGUUCGUAAAGAAAUAAAUAUGGAGAGGCCAGGAGAAAUGAAACGCGCGGUAAACCUUUUGAAGGAAUGGCUUCUCAAACAGCCGCAUUUAAUAAAAAAAGAUUUUCCGGACUUCUAUCUAGAGACAACAAUCGUGGGAACAAAGGGAUCAGUGGAACGCGCCAAAAAGCAAUUCGACAAAGUUUGUACCAUGAGAUCAUUGAUGCCACAAUUCUUCGACACAUACGAUGUUGGAAAGGACUUGGCGCCCUAUCUGGAAAAUUCUAUAUACUUAGCAAUGUUGCCAAAACUAACAAAGGAACACUAUAGGGUAUUCGCUACCAAGAUUAUUGAUGUGUUUGGUGAUUCAGCUACGUACACAAAGUAUUUCAAAUUCUGCAUUCAAAUGGCCGAAUAUGCAAAAAAUCAUGACUACGUCGGUAGUUUCCGAAUGGUUGUUGACCUAUCAGAAUGUAAUCUAUUAGAUUACAUAUCGAAAAUAAAUCUUUUGGAGAUACGACAAGUGAUGGCUCUAUUUAUGGACGGCUAUGGAAUGAAAAUAAAAGGUAUUCAUUUUAUAUCACAAUCAAGAGCUAUUGAUGCACUCCUAACAAUAUUCAAGCAGGUAUUGAAACCAAAGAUAGCUGGCAGGAUGCAUGUUCACAAAACAAGUGUUGAAUUACUUGAUAUUAUUGACAAGGAUGUGUUACCCGUAGACUUUGGCGGCAAUGAACGGUCCAUGAAGGAUCUUUUUGAGGAAUGGGUAGAAAUAUUAUCCACAGAAGAACACAAGGAAUACAUUAAACACAUAAACAGCGCUGGAACGGAUGAGUCGCUUCGUGCAGAAAACAAAUUCAACGAAGAAUAUGCGGGGAUGCCUGGGACGUUUCGAUUACUGACUGUUGACUGAUAUUUAUCGAAUAUUGUACAUAUUGGUUGUAGUUUUUGGUUCCUAUUGUAUUGUAUUAAAAACCGACUUCAUAAACUGUGAAC